AUGUAUGACAGCGUGGUUGGGGUGAGCCACUUCACACUGGAUCCAAACACAGCAAACAGAAGCCUCCAUCUCUCUGAGGGGAACAGGAGGGUGGAGAUGAGAGAUGAGUACCAGUCAUAUCCUAAUCAUCCAGACAGAUUUGAUAUCUGGGAUCAGGUGCUGUGUAGAGAGGGUGUGACUGGACGCUGCUACUGGGAGGUUAAGUGGAGUGGGAAGUGUGUUUAUAUAGCAGUCUCAUAUAAAAGCCUCAGCAGGAAAGGAAGUCAUGAUUGGUUUGGACAGAAUGAUCAGUCCUGGAGUAUGGACCUCUCCAACAGCAGCUACUAUUUCUGGCACAAUUCUAAAAAUACUGCAGUUCCUCUAGUGGCCAGCUCCAGAAUAGGAGUGUAUGUGGAUCACAGGGCAGGAACUCUGGCCUUCUACAGCAUCUCUGACACAAUGACCCUCCUGCACAGAGUCCAGACCACAUUCACUCACACACUCUACCCUGGGUUUUGGCUUGAUGGCUCUAGAUCAUCAGUGAAGCUGCUGUGAAUGACAUGUCUAGAUGCUGUUAGCACAUACAUCUCACACAUCACAUAAUUUAACACAUCACUCACACGUAAGGAUCAGCUGGGUCUGAGAAUCUUUGAUCUUGGGGACAACAACAGACUGACCCCAUCUCUGGACCCCAGCUAUUACAAUAUCUGUACCUCUUGACCUCUGCUGUAACAAAUGCAGUAUCACCACAGCAGAAAUAAGCCAUUGUGUGUGAAAGGUUUUGAUGAGCUUUGUGUUGCAUGACCUCACUCUCCCAAGUGUUUAUUAUAAGUGUCCCUCUGUUAUUGCAUACAGGUUCUGAUACCUGGUUCUAUAUGGCUACUACAAUAUUAUGUACCAUGGCAGUAAAUCUUAAUGAGACUAUUCAUCCAACAAUUGACCCCCAAUGAAAUGUGUUCCUCUGUGUUUUUAUCAAUACCAUUCUAAUGAGACCAGUAUGUUUUAAAAUGUUUUUGGUGCAAAAUGGUGAAUAAACAGUUAUAGACUGGCAUUCGAUGUGCCUUAAUGCAC